UCAAUCGCAAACCCAAAUCCACCAACGCCCCCUCUCCUCCAGUUUGAUAAUGGAUGAUUCAACAAAUCGCAACGCCAUAUACCUAAUCGAAAUUCGCAUCCAUGAACUAGAGGGAGAUCCAACCAACGAUAAAAAACUCAUUGAUGAGUUGAAGAGUCUUCUUGAAACUCUUCUUACAAACCCUCCUCGACCGCCGGCUGCCGCUGAUUCCAGUUUGUCAAUGGUUGAUUUUUUACGGUGCCACGUCAUAUACAUACUCAAAUGUCGUAUCCGUGAACUAAAGUCAUAUAGAUACUCGAAAAAAGUUAUUAAUGAGGUGGAGAUUCUUCUUCAAAAUCUUCUUAAUCUUACCAAAAAAGAUCUCGACAUGAAAAACCUAAAUUCCAGUUUGGCUUGGGCCGCAAUAGAACGAAUCAAAAGUCAUAUCGAUAACCUAGAUAAACAAAAGGAAGAUCCAACCAACAAACUAAUUAUUCGUGAGUUGGAGAUGCUUCAUGAAAUUCUUCUUCGUUACACUACUGACCACGUAGAUACUUCUGCUUCUGAAGAGAUGAUUGAGAAAAUUUGUCUCGUUGAGGCUAUUGUCGACUUGCUUUCCUUUGCUUCACCGGAGGAACAUAGUUUGUUUAAUCCAGAUUUGGUUGAUAACAUUGGUUGCCGUGAUCCGAUGCUUCUUCUUGAUGAAAAUGAUUUGGAAACUAUCCAUCAAUUUGUUUCGAAACCUGAUGAUUCCAACAAUAUGCGUAUUAGGGACGCUAUUUCGGCAUUCUAUAUCACUGCUAACAGGUGGCUUAAACGCAAUGCUGAUGCUGAUGCUGGUGCUGGUGUUCAUCGUGUCAGAUUGAAGAAGAUCAUUUCUGCAAUCAAAACACUGGAAAUGGAAAGUGAAAAACUCUCUGCCGACAAUGGCCAGCAAUCUAAUAGUCGAGACGAAGAACGAUUGAAAAAGUCUGAUGAACAACAAGAAAAGAACUCUGUUCCGAUGGGUUUGCCGUUGGAGCAUGAUGCAAAAGGUGAUGAUGCUGUGAUGCUGGAGUAAAAUGUGAGAGCCAAAUGAAGGAGAUGGUACAACGACGGAAUUUGUGUUUGUUCACUUGCGUUCUUUCAAUUGCCCAACUUUGCACUCAAAACAGCUAUAGUCCGUUUGUCUUAAUUUAUUUAAUAAUUAAAACUAUGUCAUAAUAA